UGAUUCAUCUUCAAUAAAUGAUAGAGAUUUAUUUGCUUUUACAGCUAGAAUCGAUUUGGGUAGUCAAAGAUUAGUCUUCUUGUGUUGAUUUUGUGUAUUCCCUGACCCUCUCUGUCUGGCUCACGGUUCUUGAAUGAGAAAACGCACUCUAUUUGCUGUUCUUGCUGUUGCGCUCUCUCCCCUUUCUUCUCUCACAGGUAUCGACAGUUAAAGAUUCAUUUUUCGAGAGAGAAAGAUACAGUCUUGAAUGCCCGACAGCUCUCUUUUGGAAGAUCAUUUUGUAUCUACAAGAAGAGGAGGCAGAUAGAGAGGAGAAAAGGGUUAAAGGGGAGUUCUUCCAUUCUGGGCUUUAAGCUCAGAUCAAUUUAAUCAUCUGCAAUUUUUCCUUUUCUCUAAGCCCUAGUUUUGGAAGGAAUGGAGUUCGUUGGUAGAAUGUUCGAGAGGGAUUUCAAUGGGUCUGCUGUUAAAGGAUUCGUAGACUCUUACGAUGAGUCAUCUCGUCUCUUCAAGGUAUCAUAUGAAAAUGGCAACACGGAAGAAUUGAGUUUGUCACAGGUUUCAUGCCAAGAAUAUUCUGAUUCUGAAGGGAGUCUUCAGAGGCAAAAGAAGGGAAGCGCAAGAGAGGAUGAUGGGGUUUCUGCCAUGCAAGUAGAGAGAAAAGAAAUUGGUGUUGGUUUUGAGAAAGAUCAAAUAGAAGCUAGUAACAAUGGUGUAACUCCGAACCAAGUGGUGACAAGUGGAAAGAGGAGGAAGCAAACUCCUAAAAUGGUAAGCGCUUCAGCAAUAAGUGCUAUAAGGAGAAAGUGCCGUAGGAGUCGUGCUGCUAAAAAACGUGCUUCAAUUGGGGAAAGGACACAUGCAGAUAGUAAGGUACUGCAGUCAUCCGUUUUGAAUAAUGUAGGAAAACCCGAAACAUCAGAUCAAGAAUCUGAAGACUCUGAUGAUGAUGAUGAUGGUGGUGGUGGUGUUGUUCCUGCAAUUCUUCACCUACCCACUUCUUCUAAAAAGUUAAAUCUAGACGGGAUGCCUGUAUUUGAUUUGUUCUCCAUCUAUGCCUUUCUUAGGUCAUUUAGUACUAUAUUGUUUUUGAGUCCCUUUGAAUUCGAGGCAUUUGUAUCAUCACUGAAAUUCAAGGCCCCUAAUCAACUAAUUGAUGCCAUUCAUGUUUCACUUCUUCAAACUUUGAGGAAACAUUUGGAGUUCCUUUCAGGCGAAAACUCACUUUCUGCUUCAAAUUGUCUCAGGAGUCUUAAUUGGGAUCUGUUGGACUUGGUCACGUGGCCUAUUUUUCUCGUUGAGUACUUUCUUAUGCACGGGUCUGCACUUAGUAGUGGCUUUGAUAUCCGCAUGUUGAAGAGUUUAUAUGAGAAUGACUACUACGAACAACCAGAUCAGGUGAAGAUUGAGAUACUUCGGUAUCUAUGUGAUGAUGUAAUUGAAACGGAAAGCAUAACAUCUGAGAUUAAUAAAAGAUCUAUGGCGAUUGAUCCUAAUAUGGAUAGCGAACGCAAUGCGAAAUUUGAGCUUUCUUCUAGGAAGCGAAAGAUUGACGUUUCUGAAAAUUCAUAUUUGGGUGAGAAAGUUGAUGAAGAUGGGAACAUUGAUGAAUGCUGCCUUUGUAAGAUGGAUGGAAGCUUAAUAUGCUGUGACAGUUGUCCAGCAGCGUAUCAUUUGAAAUGUGUAGGAAUUGCCAGCAGUGAUUUACCAGAUGGUGAUUGGUAUUGUCAUGAGUGCUUGAUUGACAAAAAGAACCCUGGGAAAAAAUUAGGAAAACCAAUUCGUGGAACUGAAGUAUUGGGCGUUGAUCCUCAUGAACGUCUGUACUAUAGCUGCUGUGGAUACCUAUUGGUGUUUGAUCCAUAUGGUGAUGAACCUAAAUAUCAUUAUUACUGUCCAGAAGAUGUGAUUUUGGUUGUACAUGUACUAAAGACAUUACAAAGGCAUUAUAAUAAGAUUUUGCAAGCUAUUGCAAGGGAAUGGAACAUUUGCAUUGCCUCUGUUGGUUCCAAGAUCAAUUGCAUUGAAUUAAGAGAACAGAUGCCUGUGGUAGAGACUACUAACAUUGUCAUGAAGAUGGAGAUUUCCUCAAGUCCUGGAGAAGCUGAUGGCAGGGAAAUUCUUAAUACUCCAAAUGGUUCUUUCGAAUCUGCUUUUGUUGCCAAUGGGGGAAAUUACAACCACAAAAUGGAUAUGAUUGGUGCAAUAAAUGGUGAUAGGUUACAAGAACAGCUGGAAACAGGCUAUCUGAACUUCUAUAGCUUUGCACUAAGGGCUUCGACAGUUGUGGAAGAGUUAGCAAGACGGAAAUCUUCAGAUAAGGCUGGUGAGGCAUCUCUAAAAUCGAAAGAGGACGUCAUUUCGGUCCAGUUGAAGGCCAUAUCUAGAAUAUCUAACAAGUUUUUCUGGCCCAAUAUUCCGAACUUAAGUGUUGGUGCUAGGAAAGAAAACUGUGGCUGGUGCUUCUCUUGCAGAUCUACUGAAUAUGGCGGAGACUGUUUUUUUAACAUGAAUAAUUCUGGCCCAUCUAUGGAAAACUUUACUAGCAUGGCAGUUGGUCUUUGUUCUCAACAACUUGGUGCGAAAGGGCAUGUAGCUGACGUGGCAUGCUAUAUUCUCUUCAUGGAAGAUCGUUUGCUUGGGCUACUAUCAGGUCCUUGGUUGAAUCCACAUUAUAGCAAAUUUUGGCGUCAAAGUCUCCUGAAGGCAACCAACAUGUCUGAUCUAAAGCAUUUAUUGCUUUUGUUAGAGCUGAAUUUGAAUCAACGGGCAUUUUCAGCAGAGUGGCUGAAACAGGUGGAUACUGUUUCCACAAUGGGCUCUGCUUGUCAUAUUGUGAUCAACACAGAACAUGUAUCUUUAAAAUAUGGAUUUGUCAGAAAAAGGGGACGGCCUUCACUUAUGGAAACUACUGUUUCAUCAAAUACUUCUGAUGGCUUGCGUUUACUUUGGUGGAGAGGGGGAAAAGUGUCGCAACAUUUAUUUAAUUGGAAGGUCUUGCCCCGCUCCAUGGCUUCCAAGGCUGCCCGACGAGCCAGUUGCACAAUGAUACCUGAUUUAUCCUAUUCUGAUGGGCCUGAUUUUUUGAAGCGAAGCAAACGCAUUGCUUGGCAAGCUGCCAUUGAAUCAUCAACAAGUGUGGAUCAGAUGGCUCUCCAGGUUAGAGAGCUCGAUGCAAACAUCAGAUGGGAUGAGAUUGAGAACACCACCUGCCUUCUCUCGAAGGGGGUUCACCUCAGAAAAAUAAUAAGGCAACCAUUUAAUAAAGUAAUAGUCCGUCGGAAGUUGAUAGAAGGAACUGUGGCAAAGUAUCUGCUUGAUUUUGGAAAGAGAAAAUGUAUACCUGAGAUUGUUUUAAGUCAUGGUGUCAUUUUUGAAGAAUCAUUCAACGAUAAAAAGAAAUACUGGCUUGAAGAAUCAUAUGUUCCUCUGCAUCUGCUAAAAAAAUUCGAACACAAAAAGAGCUUCCGCAAGUCCAAUGAUAUUAGUUCAAGAGAACGUGAUAUGUUUGCUAGCAUAAGAAAUAAGCAGCAGAGGAAGGAUGUAUUCUCGUAUCUUUUCUCCAAGGCAGAGAAAGCUGAGAGCAAUAAGUGUGGUGAAUGUGCCGAAGAUGUUCUAAUCAGGGAAGCUGUGAGCUGCCAUCAGUGCAAAGACUUGUUCCAUAAGAUACAUGCCAGGACAUCUCAUGGAGCAGAAAACGGAACAUUUACAUGUAAGAAGUGCAUCACAGAAGAAAAACAAGCGGUGAUGAGUGGAAAAGAUUCUGUGUUGUCUAAAGUCAGCGAAGAGACUUCGGAGGUGAAAAAACCAGUGAAGUCUAUUAGGGUUAAAGCCUCGGCAGUCCAAAAACAGAUGAUUGUAGGACAGAAGAGAGGAAGGACGGCAAAAUCCAAAGGCAGAUGGACACCAACAAAAAAAGAAAAUUCUACUUGGAAGAGGAGAAGGACAAUUUGGCCUCGCGUUUAUUGGCUAAAUGGUGUUCAGCUUUCUGAAGUGCCUAAUGACGAGCGGCUCUUGAAUUUCAGGACUAAGCAACUCAUCAAACCUUCUGAUCCCGCUAGUGCAAUCCUGGCUAAACCUAAAUGUGGGCUUUGUAGGGAACGAAGAUUCACAUCUACCUUGACUUAUCUCGCCUGUGGAACAUGCAAAGGUUGGUUCCAUGGGGAUGCUUUUGGACUUGAUGAGGAAAAAAUUGGCAGAAUUAUUGGAUUCAAGUGCCACAGGUGCCUCAAACCUAGGGUGGCUCCUGUUUGCCCCCAUCAUCCCUAAUGAGAGGAGCUUCAUUCAGAGAAGCUCAAAACAAUAUAUUUUUUUUUAUUGGGGAUUCAGUUUGUGUUCUCUUUAGACUUUAAUAAAGUUGAGACAGAUAGAUAGACAGCCACAUCUCUAUUAAUCUUCUGAUUUGAUUGAUUGAAUGGAGCUGUAGAUUUAGGAUAUAGAAAGAAAUUUGAAGGAAGUAGUAAUGAUUCAUUUCAUUGAAGAAGAAGAAGGGGUUUAAUUAUUUCCUUUUUUUACUUUACAAUAGCCAAUUUUCAUGUAAACUUAUUUUUACUUCAAUUACAGAGAUUUUACCAUAUCUUAUCAUCU